UUUCGCUCGUCGAACACAUUAAUUUCGUGCUGCGUAUGGGCAAAGUGCCUCGGAGGGACGUCGGGGCGCACAGGCGCUCGGUGGGCAGCGUUCGCCGGGAGCUGGUGCUCGAAUUCGGUUUUGGAAACGCUUUCGGUUUUGGAGUUCGACGGACGCGCAUUGAUUCCGGUUUCCACGUUCAUACCUACAUGUCUCAUCUAUGGUCACUUCCUGGAACGACAGCAGCUGAGUGUGCAUCAAAUCUGAAGAAGAUUUAUACAGUACAGACAGUACAGGAUUUCUGGAGUGUCUACAACAACAUUCCUCCUGUGACAAAUCUGCCUCUGAGAUGUAGUUACCAUUUAAUGCGGGGAGAAAGACGGCCGCUUUGGGAAGAGGAGAGCAAUGCCAAAGGAGGUAUAUGGAAAAUGAAGGUCCCUAAAGAAAGCACGGCUGCAGUCUGGAAAGAGCUACUGUUAGCAACCAUUGGAGAGCAGUUUACAGAUUGUUGUGCAGCAGAUGAUGAAGUAAUAGGGGUUAGCGUCAGCGUUCGUGACCGUGAAGAUGUUGUGCAAGUCUGGAACGUGAAUGCCUCUUUAGCAAGUGAGGCAAAAGUUUUAGAAAAGAUACAUAAACUUCUGCCACACACAUCUUUUAAAGCGGUCUUUUAUAAAUCACACAGAGAGCAUCAUGCUUUUGAAGGCCGGCGGGGAAAACAUUAA